GUUCGCUGAUGAAAUUUGUCGCAAACCGUCGCCAUGUUUAGAAGUGUCUGCGUCCUUGAGCGAGUCGAGCGAAUAUGUUCUGUAAAAUCUUGAAUAUAUCGAAUGCGCAGCAAAUUACGUGAGGUACCCAAUUAUAAAUUAUCGCUCGGUAAACACGGGCGAAACGACGAUUCCCGUGGAUGGGUGGCCUAGGCGGCGGAAUCUUGUGAUUCCGAAAUGUAUCAUGUGUAAUGAGUGAUAAGCAGCCUGGGUCUACUUUGCCACCCCUCAGUGGGGGUGGAACAAACAAUGGCGGAAGCAAUGGAGGUGGAUCUCAACAAGCCGUUAACUUACAUCAAGUUCUUGCAACUCAAGGACUUAAUGUCCUUACUACAGGAGGAGGACAGCAGUUUGUCCUUACUUCCCAAGUUCCAGGCCUCACACAGGUCUUGCCGAGUGGCGCGACAACGACCGCAAACCUGCAGCAGUUGGGCGUCACGCGAAUUGUCAAUAUCGGAAAUACAUCUCCGCGCGUCAGCGUUGUUGGUGUCGCGAGUGCGAGCGGCUCGCCUCUCUCAUCACCCUCCCGUCAAACGUCCACAAAGGUGGUAUUGACGACCUCCCCAAAGCUCGUUCGCACCUCCCUCGGCAGCAUGUUUGUCACCCCGACCUCUCAAGUGACCGGACAAUCUCCUCCAGCGAGGAAAAGACUUAAACUGAGCGAAACCACCGAGAAGUCGACAAGUGCCGACGACUCGAUGGGUUACAGAAGGCGAAUAAUGGAGCACAAAAUGAAACGAAUGCGUGCUGUGAGAGAAAAGUAUGCCGAGAAUGCGGCGGAACUCUUUUUCCUCCAUGCGGGCGGGAAUAUGAUGGAUUUCCAAACCUGGCGAAAGAGGCCACCCACACCUCAGUAUCUGCACUUUCUCCGACAGCACAGACUGGAUCCUGACGAUGACGAUGAAGAUCUCACAGUGCCCCUGCAACCGCUGCCCGAAGUUCCUGUUUCUCAAGCAGUUACCACGACAUCGGUGAGCCAGGGUGCUGAGGUCAAAGUUCCGGGGAUUGGCGUCACUCCUGUUGCGGUCUCGACGACACUGCCGACCGCUGUGGCGCAACUUAGUCAACAAGGCGGAACACCUUUAGUUUUAGACCCACCACAAUCAGUCACGACAAAGUCUGCUGCCGCUGCCGCUGCUAGUCCCGUUUUAGAAAAACCGUCACCUACAAAUUCGAUAAGUAGAUCCUCGUCAGCUGUUGUUCUUGCCGGCAAUCAACCUGUAGUUAAACUCGUCAAAUUGCCUGCUUCUACUGUGGCAGCCUCCUCCUGUGAUACCUCAACGAACCAAGAACAAAUUGUAGAAAAGGCCAAACAGGAGGCGUAUGUAAUGCAAAGGAUCAGCGAAUUACAAAGAGAAGGCCUGUGGUCCGAGCGCAGACUUCCAAAAGUUCAAGAACCCGCGAGAACGAAAGCCCACUGGGAUUAUUUGCUGGAAGAGAUGGUUUGGCUUGCCGCUGAUUUCGCCCAGGAACGAAAGUGGAAGAAAGCGGCAGCGAAGAAAUGCGCUCGCAUGGUUCAGAAACAUUUCCAGGAGAAGGCCGUCCAGGCUCAGAAGGCCGAGAAACUAGAGGAACUCAGACUGAAAAAAAUUGCCGGUUUCGUCGCGAAAGAGAUCAAGACUUUCUGGUCAAAUGUAGAAAAGUUGGUAGAAUAUAAACAACACACAAGAUUGGAGGAAAAGCGAAAAAAAGCUUUGGAUCAACACUUAAACUUCAUUGUCGGUCAGACCGAAAAAUACUCAACGUGGUUGACCGAAGGCCUGAAUAAAACGGAUGGCAAUCAAAGCAUGCCUGUAUCCAUAAAUAGUUCUCGAAUUUCAUCGCCAAUUCCAGCGGGCAAACAACAUUCGGAUGACGAGUUUGAGCCAAACCAAAGUUCAGACGAUGAUGAAGAAACGAUAGCGAAAGCCGAAGAAGAGAUAAAGUCAAAUCAUAAGGAGGAGGUGGAACUGUUGAAGAAGGAAUCCGUGAUACCGCUGGAGGACUUGUUAAAAGAUUUGCCUCCGAAUUAUCUCGAUGAGCGGACGAAAAGUUUGUCUCCGGAGCCGAAAGAAACGGUUGAAAAUGAGAAGAGUGCCGAUGGUGAUGCGGAAUUCACUGUCGCAUCUGGUGAAUCUUCUGAUGAUGAUGAAGAUACGAUUAUGGAGCAGGAGAAAAUGGAGAAGAAUGAGGACCACAAGCAGGAAUUGGACGAUCUUAAGGCUGAGAACGAUAUGUCGAUUGAUGAGCUCAUGGCGAAAUACGGAAGUGGGCGGCAAGACGCUUCGAUGGACGUGGAUGGCGGUUCUGAUCAAGAAUCCGAGGAUGGCUCGGAUAAGGAUGACGGUGAGGAUCAGAAAAGCGAGGAAUCGGAAAGUGAAAGCGAGUAUGAGGACAAGGACCAAGAUUCGCAGACUCAGAGUGAAGAUGAAACAGGCGUUGGACUUAAAUCAUUGCUGGAGGAUUUAUCUGGUGAAAAUUCACUCAAGAAGAACAGCCAGGAAUCAGAAAGCAACGAAAUGGACGACGUCGCUGCCUUGGCGGAAAGUAUCCAACCGAAAGGAAAUACGUUACUCACGACAAGUGUUGUGACAAAGGUUCCUUUCCUUUUGAAACAUACGUUACGAGAAUAUCAGCAUAUUGGUUUAGAUUGGCUCGUGACGAUGUACGAGAGGAAGUUGAAUGGAAUUUUAGCCGAUGAAAUGGGUCUGGGUAAAACAAUUCAAACAAUCGCACUUUUGGCGCAUUUGGCCUGUGAAAAGGGAAACUGGGGUCCGCACUUAAUUAUAGUUCCUACGUCUGUGAUGCUAAAUUGGGAAAUGGAAUGCAAAAAGUGGUGUCCAGGUUUUAAAAUUUUAACGUACUAUGGUUCGCAAAAGGACCGAAAAAUGAAAAGAACUGGUUGGACGAAGCCGAACGCAUUUCACAUUUGCAUAACUUCUUACAAACUCGUGAUUCAAGAUCAUCAAAGUUUCAGAAGAAAAAAGUGGAAGUAUCUGAUUUUAGACGAAGCGCAGAAUAUUAAGAAUUUCAAGUCGCAGCGCUGGCAAUUGCUUCUCAAUUUUCAAACUCAGAGGAGGUUAUUACUAACGGGAACGCCGCUUCAGAAUAAUCUGAUGGAACUCUGGUCCCUGAUGCAUUUUCUGAUGCCAAACGUUUUCCAAUCUCACCGAGAAUUUAAGGAAUGGUUUAGCAAUCCCGUGACCGGGAUGAUUGAGGGAAGCAGCGAAUACAACGACAAUAUUAUUCGACGACUUCACAAGGUCUUGCGACCUUUUUUACUCAGAAGGUUAAAAAGCGAGGUGGAGAAACAACUGCCAAAGAAAUACGAACACGUUGUGAUGUGCCGGUUAUCGAAAAGACAAAGAUACCUUUACGACGAUUUCAUGUCCCGGGCUAAGACGAAGGAAACUUUAUCGAGUGGAAAUUUAUUGAGCGUCAUCAAUGUUUUGAUGCAGUUGCGAAAAGUGUGCAACCAUCCGAAUCUUUUUGAAAUUCGUCCGACGGUCUCGCCUUUUCAAAUGGAGGGCAUCGAAUUUGUCACGGCUUCACUGGCCGCGAGUGCUCUCGACUACGAUCUCUGGAAGCAUGUUGAUAUUUCGGUGUUGAAUUUGGUCCUGGUGAAAAUGGAGUCGGUGCUAACGGCUUAUGUCGCGCACAGAAUGAAACGUUUGCAAACAUCAAGAAAAUUGAUUGAGGUGAUUGACAGUGCGCCAGAACCACCUCCAAGGUGUCCCUCGGGGAAGAUUAAGAUCAAUGUCCGAUUGUCGAGUCAGACGAAAGCUAAUGUUCCACAGCAGAAAUCGAGAAAUCUCGCUGGGGGGACUUUGUCUUCGCCGCGAGUGGGAACUUCGCCGUUGAUUAAGGGUGUCAACAACCAAACGCCAACUGGACCUGGUGUAACUUUGAGAGUUGCGGGCGGACAGCAAUUACAAGGUUAUUCUGUGCAGUUGGUUCCACAUCAAGGAAGCGUGAAAGCGAUACCUGUGGCGCCAAGCCCACAAACAACUGCGAGUACAGCUGCGCCGGUGACGAAUUCGCAGAAAAUAACCGUGGCAAACACGAAUAUCAGAGAUGGCCUGCAAAGAUUGACGCAGACCGUUACUGUUAAACAGGGUGAUUCCGUCCAGAGGAUAUCAGUUCCUGCAGGUUUCGCUCAGCUGGUUUCAACUGCAACUGGCAGACACAUUCUUUUUACGUCGAAUCAGCAGAAUGCAAAUACAGUUGUAACACAAGGCGGUCAACGCCUAACCGUUCUCUCAAAAUCGCUGGUGGGUCUCUCGACAACUGCCGCUGUCACUAAAAUGGUUGGCGGUGUCGUGACAACAUCCGGUGGAAGACCCAUGAUGCGAGUUCCACAACUCAAUGUCACAACAGCUCAAGGCCAAGUAGUCACCCAGCAAAUUCGUCCAAGCAUAGUGCCAAAACCUCCUCCUCCUCCUCCGCCUCCUGUCAUCAAGGAGGCAGAAAAAGCACCACCACCAAGCAAGGAAGAGCCAAAAUCCGAAUUCCAUAUGCCCCAAUUGGAGGAGGAUCGUCGACGCAGACGGCAGAGUAAAUUGAAAAUGUUGGCAAAUGUAAAUGAGAGGCGCUGCGCUGCUUGUCCAUUGUACGGAGAAGAUCUCUUCACUGCCCUUAGAUUAGGAAAGCCCUGCACAGCUUGCCCGUGGCACACUGGCUGGGUUCAUUGUGCCACUAGCAAAGAGAAUGCCCGCACGAGAAGGCAAUUUUUCUCAAGGACUGAGGCUCUCGCCGAGGCGAUCAAAUCGACCGAACAAAUUGUUGAAGAACUGAAGGAAAUCUUUGAGAGAUUUGUCGUAUGUGUGCCAGCUGUUUGCGCUCCAAUGCCCAAAUUUCACGUGUCGCAUCCCCCGCCACACAAAUUGGGAACGGAACAGCGACUUGAGAUGGAACUGAAGUAUCAGCUCUCGCCGAAAUUGUCGCUCCUUCAUCCGGUGACGAGAUCGAUGAUGACACAAUUCCCGGAUCCGCGACUGAUUCAAUACGACUGUGGAAAAUUGCAGUCGAUGGAUCAUCUUUUGAGGCGACUCAAGUCUGGCAGUCAUCGUGUUUUGAUCUUUACACAAAUGACGAGGAUGCUGGACGUGUUGGAGGCAUUUCUUAAUUUCCAUGGACACAUUUACUUACGACUGGAUGGAGCGACGAAAAUUGAUCAGAGGCAGGUACUGAUGGAGAGAUUCAAUGCGGACAAGAGGAUAUUCUGCUUUAUUUUGUCGACGAGGUCGGGUGGUGUGGGUGUUAAUUUGACGGGAGCCGACACGGUGAUAUUUUAUGACAGUGACUGGAAUCCGACGAUGGACGCUCAGGCUCAAGACAGAUGUCACAGAAUUGGACAGACGAGGGACGUUCAUAUUUAUAGACUGGUUAGUGAGAAAACGGUGGAAGAGAACAUUUUGAAGAAAGCAAACCAAAAGAGACUGCUGGGUGAUCUUGCAAUCGAGGGUGGAAACUUUACGACUGCAUACUUUAAGAGCUCGACAAUCCAAGAUCUGUUCAAUGUCGAUCAAACUGAGGGUGAUGCGUCAACUCGAAUGGCCGAAGUUCUCGAGCAGAGUAGGGAUCGAGAGAGGGCUCUCCAAAAAGACCUUUCAUCGUCGGCUCCUUCGCAACCGCCGCCACCACCUGGGCCUGGCGAGGAGAAGGUGGCGAUGGGUGCUUUGGAAUCGGCUCUUGCCGCAGCUGAAGAAGACCUCGAUGUUCAGGCGGCGAAGACUGCAAAGGCGGAAGCCGUCGCUGAUUUGGCCGAGUUUGACGAAAACAUCCCGUUGGAGGAACCGGACAAGGACGAUACCUUGCAAGUCAGCAAGGCGGAAAUUGAAGUUCAAAAUUUAGUUUCACAGCUAACGCCAAUAGAACGUUACGCCAUGAAGUUUGUGGAACACUCGGAAGGCAGUUUCUCAGCAGCUCAGUUGGCAGCGGCCGAACGUGAAUUGGAGCAGCAGAAAAAAGAGUGGGAGCUGGAUCGUCUUCGUGCCUUGCGAGAGGAGGAAGAGAGACGAAUGCGGCUGGCGGAUGACGACGAAAAACCCCUAACUUUUGGCCGUGAGGACGCGCAGAAUCAGGUUAAUAGUACUACUAAUUCUAGGAAACUAUUUAAUAAGAAAACAACCCCACCGAGUAGAAAAGGUACUACUACGCGUAGGAGCAUUCGUAAAGUAGUUCAGGCAUCCUCGGAAAGCGAAACUGAUACCACGACAGACUCGGAAUCAGAAUCGCAGGACGAGGAGGAGGAGCUUGUGGAGGACAGUCAUGGCGAGGAGUCGAGUCACACGGAGAGUCAAAGUCAGGGCGACGACGACGAAGACGAGGGAGAGGUGGACAGUCAAGAUGAGUCGGAGGGCGGAGGAUUUCACAAGCGAAAGGGUCAUCGCUCGAAUAAACCGAAUCAGAGAAAUAAACUUGAUUUGAAUAGUCCGCGGACAAGGUCCCGGGGAAAUGUGAAAAUCAACCUCUGGACCUUGGACGUUAGUCCAAUUUUGCCGGGCGUGAAAAACAAACCACGAGGUUUGUACUCGAAAAAGCGAUUUGACGGAUCGAAAUCUGACGAUGGUUUCACCAUGCCUUUACCACCGAAUUUUAAUAAAAUUGCAAACUUGUCGGAUUCGAAUCUGAAUAAAAAGAGCGAUCCCGAUCAUCUUCUUUCUCCGAAAUUAACGCUGGAGAAGUUGGAGACGGCGAAAAUUAAUUGUGUCUCGAAGGAGACGAUUAUCAAGAAAGUUAACAAUCUGCCACAAGUGAAUGGUUCCUGUCAUAAUGAUGAUGAGUCUUUAGAAUCGAAAGAAGCUGACAAUUGUCGUGACGUGGCUGACGACGAGAAACAAGAGGCAGAAGGUGUAGAGAAGGAGAAUGAGAAAAGUGAGACGAAAGUGAAAACUGCAACGAAUAAUAUUCCUGUCACUGACUCCAAAGAUAUUUCAUCCCCUGUUCAUGUGACGCGAGCCGCGAACAAAGCAUCGAAUUUUGUCAAGACUGCAGCAGCAGCAGCGAAUAGUAAUGACGAGGACACGGAAAACUGUGAUGUUAAUAAUGCCUCUCAGAAUCGGAAGGUGUCUCUAUUUCCAAAACGUUCCGCUACCCGAGCAUCCGGCGAGAAUUCAAAAGGCAAGUCUGGUGAAGAGCAGAAUGAUUUCUUGAGAUUGAAGCAGAAAAUACAAGAGAGUGUUAAGAAUGCGACGAAAAAGAUGGUUCCUCAUGUUGUACUUUCUGCUUGUACGACUCAAAAAUUGAAACCUAAUUUGAGUGAAAAGGAUAAUAACUCGUGUCAGUCGUCUAGUCCAAGUUUGCAGAAGGAUAAAGUCCAGGGAAAGAAAAGUGAGGAUCCGAAGCCGAUUACGAGAUCUUCAAAAGAUCAGGAAGAUUCAACAAAUCAAGAGCUGGCAGAAAAAGAAGAGAGUAAGGACACUGCAAAAUCUAAAGAUUCGGAUAAAUCUAAGGACUCGGAAAAGUCUAAAGAUUCGGAAAAAUCUAAAAUAAGGCCCGAAAUGCCGAGAAUAUACACGCGCAGAGCGAAAGUAGAAGUUGCCGAGAGUAACGAUCCAAAGGAAGAAAAACCAAAAGCGGGACCAAGAAAAUCGAUCGAUUCUGAGCCCCAGACUUCGAAGAGUCUGAAAGCGGAAAAAAGUCGAAUUGCCACCAGGUCUAAUCCAGAUCCAGUUUCACUUCCACCGCCGCGAAAUGUCCCAGUUUUACAAAAGCCGGAUUUAAAACGAAGACCGGACACGCCAAUGCCAAUGGCAAUUAUAAAUCCGCCUCACGUUCCAAAGGUUGGAAGACCCAGGAAAAAGCCGCUACCGAUUGAGCCCGAAAAAUCGGACAAGUCUGAGAAUGUGUUUGUAGUUCCGAGUUUGGGUCCGAGGAAGGCGAAGCUUUCAAAUAGAGUUUUGGAGAAGCGAGAAUCUAGUCCAAUAAUAAUAAAUAAACCAGUAGUUCAAACUGAAAGUACGGUGAUAGUGAGAAAAAGGCCUGAUACGCCGAUGCCUGAUACUGAUAAAAUCAGGGGCAAGAGGUCGAGGAUUGAGACAAAAGUGGAGGUUCAGUUUGAAGUGCAGAAAAUCCGAGCAACUAGGAAAUCCAUUUCUGAUAAGGUGGAAGCGGCGGCGGCGGCGGCGGAUUCUAAUGGAAAUGAGGAAUCGGGUGAAGCGGAAACUUCUGACAGACCACAGCGAACAGCCAAAGUUGUUGCAAUUUUGACCUUGGAUUCGCACACGAAAAAUAAUAAAUUGACUAGUCAGCAGCCUGUUCUUGAGGUGAAAUUGAACAAAGUUAAUGUCGAGGACAGUUCGAAAAAUGGUGAACAUUCCGAGGAUAAAUUAGAGGAUGCAAGUAAAUCCGAUUCAAGAAAAAUAGCUGCAGUAUCGAUUCCAACAAUUUCGUUGAACAGGCUAGAAGCGCCAACGGUUUCCACGAGGGCGUCGACAAAGUUAGAGCGAAGAAUUUCAAUGGUGGAUUUAGAUAGUGAACCGGAUUCAGAGCCUCCAGGCUCGACGAAGUCUCUGAAGAAGAGGUUGAUGAAGAAAACUAGACUGGCUCCCCUAACGAAACCUUUGAUUGACGGAAAGCGUGGUGAAAUUCAAACGGUUGACAUUGUUGAUGACGAAGAAAUUCCACCUAUUAAAAGAUCGCUUCGUUUUCAAGCUCCUCCUCCCGAAAAGCUAAUUAACAGUUAGAUGGUUAUCUCGAGGUAAUUAAUUAGUCGUAACAGUUUGGAUGAUAAUUUAAUGAGACGAUGACUUUAUUAUUAAAAGAUAACGAAUUUAUUUUGAUGACUCGAUUGUUGUUGUAUUUGAAAUAUUUUUAGAGACGAUGGUGUGGUUGCGGCGGCGGGGGUUUUUGUUUGUUAGAGUCAGCGAAGUUGAAUUUCUUGUUUUACCAUAAAUGAAUUGCGAUUGUAAAUAGCUCAUUGUUUCAUUUUUUGUACUGGGUACAAUUUGUAAUAUUUUUUAGCACUGUAUAAAAAAAAAAGAAGAAGAAGAAGCGUGCAAUUUUUAGCGCUUUGUAAAUGACGGACUAUAGGUUUACGGUUUAAGUUAUAUACUUGGUAACAAAGACUCAUGACUGUUGUAUUAUAUUAGAUUAUAUUAUUAUAUUAAAAAAAAAAAAAAAACACACA